AUGGGCGGGUGUACCACGCAUGCGCUGACUCCUGGUCGAUAUUUGGUGACGUCAACCAAACUUGGGCCUCAGUCAGCCGUCGUCGGCCACAUCGUUAACAUGUGGUUGCAAUUCUUGGCUGCUACCGUGCUGAUAACGGCGGCUGCUUCUCGAGAGGUAUUCACCAACUCCUUCCUUGUGCGAUUCAAGAGGUCCGUGGGUCGUGAGGAAGCCCACGACUUGGCUCUGCAGCACGGCUUCGACAGCUUGGGACCGUUAUUGGGCUCGGAAACAGAAUGGCACUUCGCGCACCGCGGCAUGCCGCACGCGCGCCCCCGCCGCUCAAUUGCGCACGCGCGGCUUCUGAAACAACAUCCAUUGGUACACACGGCAGUACAACAAACGGGCUUUAAACGGGUAAAAAGGGGAUUUCGCCCCCUGCGUCUGCCCGAGACGGAGCCAGCGGCGGAGCCGAGGGACCCUUACUUCCCCCUACAAUGGUAUCUGAAGAAUACGGGCCAGAAUGGGGGAAAGCCGAAACUAGACCUGAACGUGGAAGCCGCUUGGUCGCAGGGGUACACUGGGGUGAAUGUUACUACCGCCAUUAUGGAUGAUGGUGUGGAUUACAUGCAUCCCGAUUUAAAGUACAACUAUAAUGCAGAGGCGUCGUAUGACUUCAGCAGUAAUGAUCCGUUCCCGUAUCCUCGGUAUACGGAUGAUUGGUUCAACAGUCACGGAACAAGGUGCGCAGGAGAGGUUGCCGCGGCCAGAGACAACGGCGUCUGCGGCGUGGGUGUCGCAUACCACUCUAAAGUGGCUGGAAUCCGUAUGUUGGACCAGCCAUACAUGACGGACCUGAUCGAAGCCAACUCCAUGGGUCACGAGCCCCAUAAGAUCCACAUCUACAGCGCGUCCUGGGGCCCCACAGAUGACGGGAGGACGGUGGAUGGGCCCAGGAAUGCCACGAUGAGGGCCAUCGUCCGAGGAGUUAACGAGGGUCGUAAUGGCCUAGGAAAUAUCUACGUCUGGGCCAGCGGCGACGGCGGAGAAGACGAUGACUGCAACUGCGAUGGUUACGCCGCGUCAAUGUGGACAGUCUCUAUCAACAGUGCCAUAAACGACGGCCAAAACGCGCACUACGACGAAUCCUGCUCCUCGACCCUGGCCAGCACUUUCAGCAACGGAGCUCGGGACCCAAGCACGGGGGUAGCCACCACCGACCUCUACGGGAAGUGCACUGCAACCCACUCGGGCACAUCGGCGGCGGCGCCCGAGGCGGCGGGCGUGUUCGCUUUAGCGUUACAUGCAAAUCCAAACUUGACGUGGCGUGAUAUUCAGCAUCUGACUGUAUUGACUUCCAAAAGAAAUUCGCUGUAUGAUGCCAAAGGUCGGUUCCACUGGACGAUGAACGGUGUAGGGUUGGAGUUCAACCAUCUUUUUGGAUUUGGGGUACUUGACGCGGGAGCCAUGACUGCGCUGGCGGCCAAUUGGCGGUCGGUACCACCCAGGUACCACUGUGAAGCGGGGUCCGUCAAUGCCCACACUGAGAUUCCAUCAGAAGGCAGCAUCACUUUGAGGAUUGACACGUCAGCUUGCGCCGGCUCCCCGAGUGAGGUUCGCUACUUGGAGCACGUUCAGGCCGUCGUCAGCGCCAACUCGACAAGACGAGGGGACUUGGAGUUUUUCCUUACGAGUCCAAUGGGUACCAGGUCAAUGAUUUUGAGCCGGCGAGCUAACGAUGAUGACUCCCGAGACGGUUUCACCAAGUGGCCCUUCAUGACGACCCACACGUGGGGCGAAUACCCUCAGGGCGUAUGGACCUUAGAGGCCCGUUUGAACGGCGGGUCGGGCGCGAGCGCGGCGGCGGGCUGGCUGCGCGGCUGGGCGCUGGUGCUGCACGGCACGCGCGCGCCGCCGUACGCGCAGCUCCAGCCGCAGGACCCGCACUCCAAACUCGCCGUCGUCAAGAAGGCACACGAAGACAACGCGAUUGCGCAUUAAGCACAACUCUAUAGGCUAUGCAGUUCAGAAUUGUUAUGUUUAAACUGAUCUUUUUUUUUAAUUUAAACAUUGACCAAAUCUUUUCUGCUAACAGUGAGAUGUUAUAAUUAGGUUUGAACGCACACUGGCUGGUGAUUUAGUUUUUAUCAUGUAUGUAAUUCAUGGGUAAGAUUUGUAUUUUGAAUCUAUAGAGAUCGAUAUAUUUUUGUAAAAAAAAUCAAAAUAAACAUUUAAAAAACUCUCUAACGUAAAAUUAACUCUGGGUACUAAAGAUUCCGGUAUAAAGUUCACUUCAAUGGUAAAAUUUCAACCACUAAGACGAUGAUAUGAAUUAGAAACGACAUGAGUCGACUACUACGAGUGACGAAAAAACUAAAGUUACGCUUGUAUAAAAUUCCAAUGAUAUUUGAAUUAUAAGAUUUAAAAACUCUGAACUGUAAAGCCUACUAAAAUUAAGAAAGCUAGAAUUAUUCGAAGUGAUUUUUGUCAAGAUGUUGGACGCUUGACGCGAACGCGAAAAUCUAAAAUGAAGGUGACUUGUAGAAAAUCAUUCGAAUAAAGUUUGGGAUAUGCUUAAAAUCGCCGAACUGCGAUUUCUACACUAGUCGGUCCACCUAGACUAGUAAAUAGUGGACCUAGAAAUGACUAAAAUAUUUUUGUUGUUAAUUGAAUUAUUUUAUUUCUAGGUCCAUCUGUUAUUGAAUUUAGAGUUAGAUAGUGCGAAAAGCUUUUUUUAUGUAUUAACGUGAAACUAUCUGGAAAAAGAGAAACACCUAUUUAUUAUCCAUUGAGAAUAACAUGGUAAGUGACAUUUUUUAGUUUGAAAUUUGCACAGACUAUUUUAACUUAGGAAUUUGCUACAAGCACAGAUUAUUUAACUACCAAAUAUUAAGAAAAAAAAGCAGGAUGAAGUGAUGUCCCAUUACACAAGUUUCGUUGUAUUAUGGGACAUUCUGCAAUUAAUUAUGAUGAAAAUUAUAAUUUUUUUAUAAAUCUUAUAAGUUUUAACGUUUUUGCACUAUCUAUCACUAGACUCCGUGAAAGUUACUUUUUAAUUUUUAAAAAUCCUUUUUUAUGGUUUUCAUAAAGGUGAUGGUUUAUAACUCACUUUUUUACAUAGUAAAAUCCUCACCAAUAGAGCAUCAGGAUGCAAAUCAUCGGUUGGACUUUUCAUUCUGAUACAAUAUUGAAUUUAAGUAAUCGACCAUCACAUUAAUUUACAUGUUAAGUUCAGGAUUGCCAACAAUGGUUUAUAUUUAUUUGUUAAAUUAAAUUAAGGCUAAAACAUAUUUUUGAGAUCUAAAACCUCAACUUUUAUAACUACUUUAUACGCGGGAAGUAAUAGAUAGGAUAACAUACAAUGUAAUAUAUUAGGAAUCAAUGGGACUUACAUACUUAUCAUAUUUUAUGUCAUUUUUACUUUCUCCAAUAUAUUACAUUGAUGAAAGGCAAUUGUAAAACGGGAAUGUAGUAACCUAAAAGUUAUUAUAUCAUUUAUUUAAUUCGAUGUUUGUAAAAGUUUAAUAUUGUGCAUUGUGUUUAUUCUUAUCUAUAUUCAAAGUAAAAAUGUUUUAAUGUUUUUUUUUAAAACGCUGCGAUUGAUGAUAUUGUGUAUUUUUUAUCUUAUUUUUAAAUUUUUCAAAACACUGACCAUAGUUAGGGUACAUAUCAAAGUUAUAAAAACAGGCAUAUAAAAUCACAACUAUUUUGAUAAAAUCAAUCAAUCAUAAAUUAUUUAAUCAUAUUUUAUAAUUUUGAAAAUGUUAUAUGAUUUUAUCGUACCGUAUAGUUAAUUUUGAGUUUCUCUUAUUUAUUGAAAUAGCUUUAUUCUCUUUAUUAUAUAUUUUUUAUAUAUUUUGUGUUAACAAAUGAGCUGAAUUUAUCCCAGCUAAAUAAAGUUCAUUUGAGUAAUGUACCUAUGAUGCAUAUUUUUUAUAUAUAUGUUUCAUUCGAUAUGUUUGUAAUGAAUGAUACAUAUAUAACUAUUAGUAUAAACAAAGAAUAUAUUAGUAAAAAUUAUCGUUACUGUAAGAUUAUAAUAAAACUAUUUAUAUAUAAUUACACGAUAUAUAAUUAAAGUACUUCCUUUUGGGCCCAGUAUAAUUGAAUACAAGUUUAGUAUCAGUCUCUUUAUGUCUAUUUUCUUAAAGAGUACGUUUAUUAUUAAAAACAUAAUAAAAUUCUAAUGUUUUUUCAAUUCCAUAAUAUAUCCAGUUAUGUAAGGCCAUAUAUUUAUUAAAUGGACAUAGACAAUG